AUGGCGCAGCUCGUGCAGCAGCAGCAGCAGCAGAGGCAGGACGCCGAGAACCUGCCCGCCCCCGUCGUCGAGUCCCGCUCCCUGGGCCUGCCCGCCUCCAUCGAGAGCCUCAUCCCCGCCCCCGCGCCCCGCUCCGCCGCCGACGUGGUGCCCUCCCUGCGCAACCUGAGCCCCGAGCAGAGCCAGCAGAACCAGCAGCGUCUCAUCGAGCUGCUCACCGCCCAGGGUGGCGUUGCUGAGGUCGGCUCCGCCCGCUCCGGCCCCGCGUCCGCCUCCGUCGGCGACUCCGGCCAGGUCCGCGCGCGCGUGCUGUCCGCCACGCCCGCCCCCGAGCACGCCGAGCCCACCAACGAGCGCGUGCAGACCCGCCGCGUCGUCGUGUCCAGGCCCAUCGAGACCCUGCAGGAGAUCGACGUCGUGGAGCCCUUCACCAAGAUCCACCGCCUGGCCGUGAACCAGCCCGCCGUCUUCAAGACGGCCGUGCAGGACGUCGCGCGCGUGCACACCUCCGUGCCCGUGUACGGCAAGGCCCUCACCCCCUACACCGUGUACCACAAAUAAGUCCUCCCCCGAGCCAAACAUUGUACUGCCCCUUCCAAGACCGGGGCACGGGGCCGGCCCACAGCCUCGCCACUUUGAGCCACCCCAGUCAGAGACACGGCCCAAGGCGACGUCGAAUCUGUAGCCUGGACUCGACGUGACCUUGGGCGACCUGUUCGUUCCUCACUGACGUGCUGCCUCUCGACCCUCUCGGCCAGUAAGGCACCACCAGCCUGCGCCCCGGUCUCAUCUGUGAUUCGCCAUUCGCGGGAGCCACUCGAAUUUUGCUCAAAUUGUCGCGACCUCUGUCCCGCAGCCAGGCACAAUGCACGCCUGCAACCUUCUCGUCAUCCUCAAACGACACGCCCACAUUUUAAGCGCUGUGGAGCGUCGCCAUUGUCCUUUCACGAAUCUCAGAGACUCGAGACAGUGGUUUCCAUUCAGUUGUAAGGGGUUCCAUUUUCAUCUAAUUUAUUUUUCUAUGACACCAUUGUGUUGUUUUUGUGUGUGUUUUUUUUGUCAUAAAGAAUCAUUUUCGAAACAUUUGCUGUGUAUACAGAAUCAAAGCUGUAGUCAGCAAGAGACGUCAUUCAUUUUUUUCAUGUUUUAUCGUAUGUGUCAAAGUGUAUUUAUUUGUUCACGACACCAUUUGAGAGCGUUUAGUUGUAUAAAUUAUUAUUUAGGAAUGCUACUUUUUGUAAUGCAACCCAAGUUACCAUGCCAUAUGACCAAGUGACUGAUCCAGAGUUACCUCUAUGAAGUAUAGUUGCCUGUAUAUCAGACUUCCAAAACUUCGAAAAAAUGAAUAAAAAUGAUAAAAAUAU